ACAACUAUUCAUUCAAGCCCUGUUCAUAUAGCAAUACAAAGUGUUUUGUUUGUUGAGGUAUUAAUUUACCUAUUGUAACUGCAAAACCAAAAGCUGAAGAGCCAACUUAUGAUGAACAUGGAGUGUUACACACCAAGUAAUUUGAUCGGAUUACACGUAGAAUCGUACCAGCUGUCUCGGUUUUUAUUGCAGUGUAAUGAUGCGAGUGUCAACUGUAUGUACCACUCGGUCAAUAUGUCAUCCUCGACUUUCUUAAUCUUCUGCGAACAACUCGCACAUCCUCGUAUUAGGGGGAUUGGGCCUCUCGAAAGGGCAACAAUAAUACACAGUCUUCACUACCUGUUGAAGUUGAAUGAAAUGAGACGAGGGUUUUCGGGACAUACUGCAUGUGCGAGCUGUCUUAUGGUAGGCUGCCUCGUUAUUGCCACGAAAUAUGUUCAGGAAGUCGGCGGAAGAAAGAAUUCAGAGUGGGCACAAUUGGCAGGACUGGACCUUGCUUAUCUAAAUCAACUGGAGAAGGGCAUUUUGACAUCUCUACGCUUCGAUCUAAGUUUACCACUAGCCCGGUACAAUGAUAUAGUGGAUGUCUUAAAUUUAGAUCCCAUAGUAUCAAAUUGGAGCGACGGCGAACACAGGAAAUGUGACGGCAGCCGAUUUUGCUGUGGCGUGAAUGGUGUUUCUCGGCCCGGUACAAUAUAUCAGGCACCCUUUUAUGAUUCGGCAUUCGCACUCGGUACAGUAGGCAUGCCGCAGUUGACGAGGAAAAUUUCAACACUGUAUGACUACAACCAAAUUUUACAACACUUGCGAUCUUGUUAAUAAGAUCUAUAAAGUUAUCGGCAGAACUCCCCGCCGCAAUUAAAUUUAGUUAAGUAGGGCUGUCUUUGUAAGAAGCCUACUUCCAGUUACACGCACUCGCCGUCUACACGGCCUUGCGACACAGAAAACCGAUGUGGGAGGAUGCUAUUUGAGACAGCCACCAAUGAGACUCCUGCUCCUGACAUUAGAAUAAAGACCAACAUAAUGAGUACA